GCUCAGUGCGUGCUCGGCCGUCACGAGUGUUGUACUGUGUCCGUGUCGCGCCGCUACGUCACGGGUUAUAUUUAGUGUCCUUUUACAUCAUACGUCUGCUUUGCACACUAGGUCAAGUAAUGUCACCAUUUCCUUACGAGAUCUAAUUUUCGGGGUCUGAAAGGGAUACAACGUCAAAUAUAAAAUCGUAAUACACACCAUUCUAAAAUGUACUGGGCGCGCGUGGCUGUGCGGGUGCGUGCAGGAGUCGCGUCGUGACCAUGCCCAGGAUCGUAUUGCUGCUGGCGUGGAUUAUGUAUCAAGGUACCAACCGUGGGUGGGGGGUGGCGGGACAUUGUGGGGGUGUCCUGACCGCUGCCAGAGGGGUGAUACAGACCCCCCAGUUCCCCCGUCGGUUUCCCACUCCUCUGCACUGCCGUUGGGUCGUGGAUGCCUCACACCAUGCCAACUCACAAGACUCGUCAAUAGUCGUCUACUUCACCCAGCUGUUCGUGUCCGGGGGUCUCACCUUUACAGAGUUCGACUACUACGAGCCCGACUCCACCUUCCAGUUGGGCGGUCGAGUCAUACACACGGUGACAGAACAGAACGUGACAACAGUCCAGUGGUUGAUGACCCCCAGACACUAUCUGGUCAUCGACUUCUCUCUGGAACGGCUGGAAGGGAACCAUCUGCGAGUGCUGGAUGACCUGCUGGAAGUGUACGGUUUCAACAUUACCUACGAGAUACGGAGUGAGGUGCGAAACACCAGCUGUAGCGUGAUCGGCUGCUCGCUAUCCGGUCACUGUUAUGCUUCCAGAGAUUUCAGAGACUACUGGUGCGCCUGUUUCGAGGGUUUCUCCGGUCCUGACUGCGGGCAAGGACCUCUCUGCCAGUCCACUUCUCUCUGUAAGAACGGAGCCACUUGCAGGCAGGCUGGAGCUGCUGUAGUGAUCUGCAUGUGUCCUGAGGGAUUCACAGGAACCAAGUGUGAAGUUCCACUCCUGGAUGAUGGGUGUGAGGAGGAGGAUGGAUGCACCACCCAAUGUCCGGAGGAUGCAACAGGGGAACCAUGCGCGUGCAGCCCCAACAGCAUUCCCCUAACUAGAGAUCGGGCUAGGUACGAGGGUACAGUCAGACUCAACAACGUUUCUGCAGUCCGCACUUGUUUGGAAAGUGCCACUUGUACUCUAAAACCUAUGCUCACUAAACAGAUAUCCAAAUACUUGAAAAGCAGCAAUCUGUCGGUGACAGAAGAUCUGAGGGUGAUAGAUGUUGGGUUCAGUGGUGAAGUUAGAUUCCACUUCUGGGGGGGCAAGAGAGAUGGCUCCAGGGUGCGCGAGUCACUCAACAGGCUGGUGCAGCGUGGUCGACUGGGGAACGUGAGUCUCGUGCCCACACACCUGGCCAUCACUCAAGAGCACACCUUACACCUGCAGAGCGUGAGAGUUAAUCACCCCCGACCUAUUAUACGUCAAGGAGAUGAGUUUAUCCUCAGCUGUUCAGCACAGGGCUCCUCGCAUAUGAUGUUCCGAUGGUUUAAGGAUGGAGCCUUUAUAAAUAUCACCAAGGCUAGGAGGAAUAUGUGGACCCGACUGUUGCCGCUAGACUCAGCAGAACAGUACACAGCGCUGCUGGGUGUGGAGCGUGCUGACGUGCUGGAUAAAGGGCGCUACACUUGUCAGGUCAGCGACUGGGGCUAUCAGCAAUGCAAGAGUCUACUGCUGGAUGUGCUGACGCCGCCUCAAAUCCAUCUUCAGCCUAUGAGUGUUACUCUGGAGAAGGGAGACAACGUAACGGUCAAGUGCACAUCUCCUAACGAGCCCCAUCUAGAGAGUAAUUUUGGAUAUAGCUGGACCAAGAACAACGCUCUUUUCAAAAUGACACCCGACCAAGAAUUUUGGGAAGACUUGUACCCUGGAGGCAGUAUCCUGAGGGUCUCUAAUAUUCAGAAGUCAGCAACGUACAGCUGCCACGUGCAUGGCAGUGUUAAGUCUGUAUCGCAGAGUGUGAGGGUGGAGUUACUGAACCGCUCGGUGGUCCCGUGGUGUGAGGGUUCGUCGCGGAGUCCGCACGAUGGGUCGGGAGUCCGGUGGCCCAGGACGGGCCCUGGAGGGGUGGCCCGUGUUGAAUGUCCCCACCACUACUCGGGAGUCGCUACGAGACUUUGUCUGCUGGUGGACAAGGACCAGGCUGUCUGGCAGACACCAGAUUUCUCGGAUUGUGUAGCAGACAAAGUCGCUGCUAUUGCCGAUAACUUCCACGCCGUGACGCUGGGAUACGGUCAGACGACGCCGGCCGACGCCCUGCUGUCCCUCAUGACAGUUCUGCGGGACCGAGGCGCCCCCUACCCUGGCGAGGGGGAACCAGUAGUCACACUUUUGCGCCGCGUGGUCGGUUACGUCAACGAGACAUCUUCCUGGCAGGACCUUGUCAACUGUACCGAUUUCUUCUACAGCGUGGUAAACAGCCUUCUCCAGCAGAGAAACUCCAUUAUCAACCACCAGAAAGUGGAAGAACUUCAGCAGGUAGUCAGCCAGUGGUCGUUACUGUGGGGGUCUCAGCCAGGGACGGCCUCUUCACAUCUCGCCUAUGAUUCUCUAGUCGUAGAGCUUUUCCGUUACGAUACUGGCGCUGUGCGACGCACCGCCACUCUCUCCUUGCCAAAGCCUACUGUCAGCUACCCGGUCUGGUACUCCAGCAGACUCUCCCUCCCUCUGGAAGCCACGAAGCGCAGUCACAAUUUCAGCUCCAGCGUGGCUGUCGUCACCUACCACCGGCUCUCGGAGUUCCUGCCUCAGCGCUACUCUCAACUGCUAGAGAACGGAAGUGAGGUCCAGUAUGAGGUCGCAUCUUCUCUAGUCUCAGUGACAGCCCGGGGCCCGCUACCAAAGCCUCCCCAGUUAGAACUCUAUGGCACGCCCAGGCCGGGGUGGCAACUACUUUGUGGUCUUACUCGAUCUCCAAGCCUCUUGUGGAACAUCACUGCCUGUAAAAGUACUCAGCAGGCUGCCAACCUUACAAUGUGCUUUUGCCCUCACCUUGGAACCUACGCAACACUUCUCGUCAAGGUCAUUAAUGUGAGCGAGGCACAACCCAGAAGGAUAUCCCCACGAGUGUUGCUGGUCGGCUGUGUCUGCUGCCUGGUACAGUCGCUGCUCACACUGUCCUUGCUGGUGCUGCGCUGGUACCGUCACAGCAACUGCCUGCUGUUCCUCAAGCUACAGUGCUGUGCCGCCACUGCUGUCGCUAUGCUGGCCUUCGUCUUCGCUACCAGCCGGAAUCUCCAUCAGAGAGUAAAAAUAAGAGGAAAGCCGUGUGAUUAUCGGUUCUCCACGGCCCCAGGCUCCAUUCUGAUUGGUCAUGAUCAAAAUAGUCUUAUCAGCACAAUAGCACGGCAGAGUAAACAGCUCACAUAG